ACAGUGAUUCCCAGUCUUUAUCAACAAUGUACACUAUUUCCUGACACAUAUCACUGAAGUUGAAUUCUUCUUUUUACAAGAAAAAUUUGGUGGGAAGCUAUCCAGAAACAAAUGAACAUUUGGCUGUUAAGAUCGACAAGAAGAAGGGAGGCAAAUUUCAGCCUUUUAAGAAGUUAUUCGGGAAAAGGAAGAAGAAGGACACCUUGUGCCGAGAGACCUCAGCGGUGAAGAGUCAUUCUCCCCAGUGUGUCAGCAAUGGGACCUUCUGUUCAGAUGAGGAGACCCUGGAGGAAAAUCUAAGAUUUGCAACCUGAAGGUUCAGAAGCCCCUGCCUCUUGGCCCACUCAUAAUGAAUGGAAGGAGGACUGGCCUGCUUUGCGAUCAAUCAUGAAAGAUCUUUAAAUGUCAAGAAUAAAGAAGUCUAGAUGAAUUCUGCUAAGGUCCUUCAACUGUUCUAUGGGAACCCGGGCGUUUUCCCAUGACAGUAUUUUUAUCCCUGAUGGGGGAGCAGAAAGUGAGCAGACAGUUCAAGCAAUGUCACAGGACAACAUCCUGGGCAAAGUCAAAACUCUUCAGCGACAGUUGGGCAAGAACAUCAAAUUUGGGCAGCCACCACCCAAUGCCAUUCCCAUGAAGAAGGCGGGUAGUGGGGAGGCUAGCUUAGAAGAGGACCUGCUCCCCACUGGGCCUGUGGAAAUUGUGACUCAGCAGGACAUCGUCCUCUCAGACACUGAGAACAAAUCCAGUGAUACGCCAAGUACUCUUAGUCCUCUGAACCUGCCUGGAGCCAGAAGUGAGAUGGAAGAGAAGGUUGCUCCAAUUAAACCAUCUCGGCCAAAAAGGCACUUGUCUUCUGCUGGUACCAUUGAAAGUGUGAACCUGGACGCCAUCCCCCUGGCCAUCGCUCGCCUGGACAACAGCGCUGCUAAGCACAAGCUGUCUGUUAAGCCAAAAAACCAGAGGGUGUCCAAGCGGCAUCGGCGACUUGCUGGAGGUCGUCCAGAUGACCAAGGCACCUUUCUGCACCAGCUUUCCCUGGACCAGAAUGGACACUCUGCAGAUGAUAAGCCAAUCUGUCACCAAGAGGAGCCAGAGCCUCUGGACUCUGAGGAAGAAAAGAGGCGUCAGGAGGAAUACUGGCGAGAACUGGAGGCUAAGUGCAAACGGCAAAAGGCUGAAGCAGCGGAGAGGAAACGCGUGGAAGAGGAAAGGCUUCAGGCCCUGGAGAGGAGGCUUUGGGAAGAGAACAGAAGGCAAGAACUCUUGGAGGAGGAAGGAGAGGAAGAGGAGGAAGAGUUGCAGCUUGAGACAGAAAAGAAGCAUCUCAAAGAGGAGCAUCAGAGAGUAGAAAGGCAAGUUCCCCAAGGCCAAGAGCAGAGGGAGCCAGAAGAAGAGAGCCACCUGGAGAUCAAAGAGCAGGAACAACUGAAAGAAGAGGCUGAACCGCUGGAGAGACCCAGACAGCAGGAUAAGCUGGAGGCCGAGAGACAGCAGCAGAAAGAAGAGGAAAGAGAGUUGGAGGAAUGCCGGAGACUAGAGGAACUGGAGGAACAGAAACGAAGGGAGGCUGAGAAACAGCGGGUGGAGGAGGAAAGGAGGCUGGAGGAGCUCAGGCAGCUGGAGGAAGUGGAGGAACAGAGGCGAAGGGAGGAGGAGGAGAGGCAGAUGAUAGAGCUCAGGAGGCAGGAGGAGGAAGAGAGGAAGAUGAUGGAGCUCAGGAGGCAGGAGGAGGAAGAGAGGAAGAUGAUGGAGCUCAGGAGGCAGGAGGAGGAAGAGAAGAAGAUGGAGCUCAGGAGGCAGGAGGAGGAGAGGAAGAUGAUGGAGCUCAGGAGGCAGGAGGAAGAGAGGAAGAUGAUGGAGCUCAGGAGGCAGGAGGAAGAGAGGAAGAUGAUGGAGCUCAGGAGGCAGGAGGAGGAGAGGAAGAUGAUGGAGCUCAGGAGGCAGGAGGAGGCAAAGAGAAGGGAAGAGCAAAGACGGCAGGAAGAAAUGGAGGCACACAGGUGGCAGGAAGUGGAAAGGGAGCUUGGGGGAGCAGUGUUGAGAGUGGAUGAGGGGAGACGGGCAGAGCGGGACAAAAGAGGCCCCAGGAGCCCACUUCAGAAUGACUUUGCAAAGGAAUCAGAAGAAGAGCACCUGAAACCCAAGAAGCAAAGAGAAGACUCUAAGGAACCAAGUGUUGGGGAGAAGCAGAAAGCAGAGGCUGAGCCUUUGGGAGGAUUUCGAGGACCAAGGGGAGAUUUUCAUCAAGAUGGUGAUGAUAAACAACAGGGAAAGAGAGAAGAGAUUAAUGUGCAUCAUCCCCCCAAACAAGAGGCAUACACAGGGGAGACUCUGGCUCCAGCAGGGAAGAAAGAAAGUGCCGCUCCAGAAAAAGACAGAAAAGUGGAGGAACUCAGGUGGCAGGAAGUGGAGGAGAGGCAGACCAUGCCCAGACCCUACACUUUCCAGGUGUCUUCCGGUGGAAAGCAGAUCCUCUUCCCCAAAGUCAAUCUGAGCCCCGUGACACCCCUGAAAGAUACAGGAGUUGUCUCUGCUUCCCAUGAACCCAGGGCCCCCAAAGGCAGUUCAGCCCUCCAUUCCCUACCCUCCUCCCUGAGUGUCCCCCACACGGCCAUUCUUGUUACAGGGGCACAGCUCUGUGGUCCUGCCGUCAACCUGAGCCAGAUCAAGGACACGGCCUGCAAGUCCCUCCUAGGUCUGUCAGAAGAAAAGAAACACACGGAUGUCCCUACUUUGGAGAACCCACUGCGAGCCCCUGGGGACCCCCGGGCAGGCCUUGGGAAGGCCAGGCUCCCCCAGGAGUCUCCAAGUAGUACGGCCGCCCUGGCAGAAUGGGCAUCCAUUCGAUCCAGAAUCCUCAAGGGAGCAGAGAGUGAGCAGCAUGGUGAGCGCGAUCCGGCCCUGCCCAGUGAAGAGCCCCAUCCCAGGGGCCGGUGCGACUCCCGGGGCAGCAACCCCCGGAAGACUCCACCAGUCAACGCCAAGUUCUCCAUCAUGCCUGCCUGGCAGAAAUUCUCCGAUGGGGGCGCCGACACCUCCAAACAGAACGCGGAAGCAGAAAGUCUCAGAAAAAGAGCUGGGCUGGGAUCCGGUAAUGAGCCUGCACCCCAGCCUCUGGCCACUGAUGCUGGCGAACCCCACAAGGGCCCAGAGAAACUAGGGGUGCACCCAGAGCCAACAGACACCACAGAUGGGUGCAAAUUUGCCAAAGACCUCCCAUCUUUCCUUGUCCCGAGCUUUCCUUCCCUUCCGCAGAAAGCCUACAUGGAGCCUGGGAUGGCCUCCGAUGGCAGCGAGACUGCAGGUGGCCCAAGAAGGGUGGACCCAGUUACCCCCGGGGCCGAGGAGAAAGUCUCCCCCUUCGGAAUCAAGUUGAGAAGGACCAAUUACUCCUUGCGCUUCCACUGUGACCAGCAGACGGAGCAGAAGAAGAAGAAGAGGCACAGCAGCACAGGGGACAGUGGCGAGGCUGGGCCGCAGGUGCCAGGCAGCAUCCACGGAGAGGAGGAGAGGGAGGGCGGGACCCUCCAGCCUGAACCCCAGCUAGCCCCCGAGAGGAAGCAGGCCCCUUCCACCAGAAAGGACUCUGCAGACAGCUCCCGGAUAGCUCAGUCCAGACCCCCACCAGCCACUGGCCAGACCCCUGCUCCAGAGCAUGACAAGGCAGCACACAAAAUGCCGCUGGUGCAGAAGCCAGCUCUGGCCCCCAAGCCCACCAGCCAGACACCACCGUCCUCUCCUCUCUCCAAACUGAGCAGGCCUUACUUGGUAGAGCUGCUGGCCCGCCGGGCCGUCAAGUCAGACCCGGAGUCCAGCGAACCCUGCAAGGAGGGCCAGGGGGGUGGGGACCUUCAGCUGCCCCCGACACCACCCCCUGAAGAAAGGAAGGCACAGAAAAAGGAGGAGCUGGAGGACCUGGAGGAGGCAGGAACAGAGAGGAAACCCACUUCACCAGCUCUGCCUACCAGCCGGCAAGAAAAACCUUCCCAGACUCCAGAGGAAGUGGGCAAGAAAGCCUUUUUUCCUACAGAAAAGCCAGUGCUUCAGAGCAGGCAUUCUGUAGAUGGCUCCAAACUUGCCGAGAAAGCUGAACCCUCGCAGCCACUGUGGAUCACGUUAGCGCUGCAAAAGCAGAAGGGAUUCCGGGAGCAGCAGGCGACUCGAGAGGAGAGGAAGCAAGCCAGGGAGGCCAAACAGGCAGAAAAAAUCUCCAAAGAAAACGUUGGUGUCAGCCCACAGCCCAGCGGCAGCAGCAGUGUCAGUAGAGCUGCUUCCCUGCACAAGCCCAUCGAUCAUCCUGAGGAGAAGAAGCCUGAGACUGCAGUGUCCAGACUCGAGCGCAGAGAACAGCUGAAAAAAGCCAACACUCUUCCAACGUCUGUGACAGUGGAGAUCUCUGACUCAGCUCCCUCAGCACCACUGGUGAAAGAAGUUGCAAAGAGACUUUCCACCCCGGAUGCUGCUCCAGUGUCAACAGAACCUGCUUGGCUGGCUUUGGCCAAAAGGAAAGCCAAGGCCUGGAGCGACUGUCCACAGAUUAUUAAGUAGAGAAUGACUCUUAUUUAUUUCUAUUGCCAGUUACUGGCUUCUCUCCUGCCCUUUUUAUUUAUUUAUUUUUUAUAUAAGGUAAAAAUAAUCAAGUUGGAGGGGACAGCAUGUUUUGUAGGCUCUAAAAUAAUGUUUAGAAACUGAACAGGUGUGUUCCUUGUAAAGAGUGUAUUUGCACAACCCUAGGUCCUGGUGCCUUGAGCUCCUCCUACUUCUAAAGAGAAAUUUCUGCCUAAGGGAACACAUGAAGCAAAUUCCCCCCAAACUAAAAACUCAUGAGAGCCUUCCAUGCUCAUUCCAUGGCCCUUCCACACUCACCCCAAAUAACCAUCCAGAACAUGUACUUUCACCAACCUUUUCAGUAGUUUUGAUUCUCUGCUCCACUUUCCCGUAUCCAAAACAUUCACCCUACUAUAUGCUUGAGGGUUUCUACCCUUUUUAAAAACAGUACGAGUGAAAGGAUCAGAUACAGAUGAAUAGGAAUGCCCAUUCUCCUGAAUGUGGUGAAUUGCAAGUAAACAGUCUUACUCUGCACCCGGGUCUGAUCAUCAUGAAUUUCCCAUCUAAAACCAUACCAUAGAGAGCAAAUCCAUUCUUACUUCUAUCAUACGGUUGAUCUAAAGGCCAAAAGGAAUUUCAGUGCUUCCUUUAAGGACAUGUCAAAUAUUUGGUCCACUUGGCUCCUAAGGAACAUUGUUAUUUAAUAUAGUAGAGAAGGAAGCUACACAUUGUCUUUCUGUCUCUGAGAUUCCCCGUCUAAUGCAGCGAGCGGUUCUUAAGAUGUCCAGAUUCCAUUCCAGGUCUAACAAAAGGGCUAAGAAUGUAUGUUCUAGUAAGAACUCAGAUGAAUUGUGAAUUCUGAGAGCUUCCAGAGACUAAGAGCCAUAGGAUACGCUUCUUCUAGUGUAAUAUAGCUUUUAAAGCUCUGAAAGGAAACUCUUUUGAACCAAAGCAGCAAACGUGAGACAGAAUGAAUAAUAAAGAAGUUGCCAAACAAGCCAGAUACAACAUACUAGAGGCCAUUGACAUUACAUAGCUCUGAACAUCCCCUACGAUUCAGGGAAAGUUAACAGGAAACCAGGAUUUGGAGCCUUUGUAUUGAGUUGUUGGAAAAGUCAUGACAUGCAAAAAUGUGUCAUGACUUUUCUGACAACCAAUAGUAAAGGUAUCCUGUUGGAAGUUUUUCUUUACCAUAGUCAAGUAAUUCGUAUUUAGAGUCAGAUACUCAGUGGCAUUUGUAAACUUAGAGCAUUCACCUUGCUACCUUUAAAAAAACAUCUUGAUUUUAAGUGGCCUUGUUACAUAUAUAGGAUACAAAGAAGGGGCUUGGCAAUUUAAAAGUCACACAUACUCACUUUUAUUUCCCUAAAUUUGCUUUAUAUGAAAUAUAGAUUUGCCAACAAAUCUACACAUGGCUGGCACUAACUUUGUGUUAACAUAGUCUCUUCCUUAGACUCUGACUCCAAAAUACAGAUACAAAUCCUCUGCCCAGUGCAGGAGGAAUUACAUUCCUUUCUUCUCACCUAUGGAAAUACAUUUUAUUACUAUUAGUCAUUAUUUUCCUUUAUGUUUACUCAAUAUUCAGUGUACUGUUAUUUUGUUAUUUACUUUAAAGAAAGAAUGAUAGCAAAUUAUUACCAUAAAGAAGCCAUUUUCUUUCUGGGAAGAAUAGCUCAGCCUUAAAGAAGUAGUAAGUAGUAGGCCUGUAUAUGGUCAAGUGGAAAUAUACUCUUACAAGGUGGAUUUAUUCUUACAUACUGGACCUUCAGACUGGUAAAACUGAUUUACUAUUUUUAUUGCUGUAGGAGGGAAUGAAUAUUCUAUCACAUGAUUUCCACACUGAUGCUCAUUUCAAAGUAUGUAGGCAUCUGUUCAUUUCAAUGAUUUCCUCACUAAUAUAACACUUUAGUGAGAAUCUUUGCAUCCAGAGCUUCUGGCUUGGCCUUUUUCAUCCUGUCAGCUCUGGAUAAUAUCACAGUAAUGACAAAGAACAGACGAGAAAAUCAGAUUAACAAAGAAUAAUGAGCUGAUUAAGUUACCUACUCCUGCAAUCAUUUACAAAGUAGCAGGAAAAAAGUUUCCACCAAAGUCUCUAACAAAGAGUAUACCAAGAGAAGGACAGUCAUAGCAUUUACUUCCAGCAACUCCUAAAAGGUACAUGUUUAAUAUUUCAUGUAAACAUUACUUCAACUUUGCACUAACUACCAGUGAAGUGUUAUUUGGCUUUAGUUGUGUUGCAGUCUUUUCUGUCAACAAACUGGGGAAAUUCUGUGAAAACAAACUCAAGAUUUUUUUUAAUGUUAACUAUACAAACUUUGUUUUCCCAAACCACACCUUUAUUUCUCUUGGCAAGGUUAUAGAUGAUUAAUAUCUCAUAAACAUAUAUAUACAACUACAGUUUUUUGUUUACUUUUUUAAUUUUCCAAGUGCAAUUGUUUCUUAUUCAUUGUUAAUAAAUAUUAAAUUAUCAUUUUAGCCAGGUAUAAGCAAAUUAUAGUAUGUAUUCAUUGUCUCUUCUUGUGAAGCUUAGUUGAAUUGCUUAUUUUCAAGCAGAAGCAUUAGCGUUAUAAGUGUCUUGCGAUAUUUUUACCAACAAUAAAAGUAAGUAGAGACUUAAUAAUGAAAAUAACUUAGUGUGAUUUUAAUUAUUGUUUCAAGAUUUUGGUUGUAUAAAUUUUUGAUGUAAAAUGUCCAUUACUGAAGGAAAAAGACCUUUCAAUAAAAAUACCCACAAGAUUUUCA